UCGCUAUUCGAAAAUUAUGUUCAGAAUGUGUUCGGAAAAGGGAAGAAAGCAGAAGAACUAAUGAAGAAGACAUCCAAAGCAGCAAUUGCAUCCAGCAUGCAUUUAAUAAUUUGACUGGUCAUUUAUCAGUGAAGUCGCAUCUUGUACAUCAGGGGUCGCCACCAGAGCAGUGAUGCUCGGACCAGAUAACUGCCUUGUGGAAUACGUUGCUGUCAGUAUCAGUAAUUGUGGCGAUCCGGGGUGUUUUACAAGUAUUCAAGAUAGCAUUUGAUGAUUUCCUGAAGAAUAAAUGUUCCGACUGUUCGAAGUACUGGAGCAGACAAAACAGACCUCCUUACAACAAGUUCAAUAUCACAAGGUGAAACAAUUAUAGUAACUCCCCAAGAUCCAGUGGGUUCGUCUACCAAAAGAACCACCUCUGAAGAAAUAGUGAAAUCAUCUGAACACUUCACUAUGCUGCUAAUUCGUCAGUCUCAGGGCAAUUCUUUUACUUUGCCCAGCAGCACCUUGGGUCCAGAGUACAGCAUGCCAUUUUCCGAGAAGAGUUUCAGCGACGAAGCGUGCAAUCUUCCAGCCUUGGAUGUCGAUGAAACUGUGGAGCUCCUGCCUGAAAGUUCUCCACUUUCCUCGACGUCUUUGCCUAACUCCACGGAUGGAUUCGCUAUAAUGUUUACUGGUGCGGGCACCCUCCCCAGCUUUCAAGAAACGUACUCUCCAAGGUAUCGACGUGAUGCGAACCAGUCGCAAGUCUUCUCCUUCAAGUCUGAAGAUGUACUGUCGCGACAGCUAGAGCCCCCAGCCGUGACAGAGAGUCUUUCAGCUUCGUUAGUUAGUCUACAAUCCCUAAGUUCAUCCUUUCCAUUCCAGUCUUCACAACUUUACAGGACAGAGAUGUCUUCUCCAGGCAUUCCACUUUCACAGCCACUAUCGGUUUCCUACUUAUCUUCCUGCUAUUCUAGCCCAUUGGUAACAGUGCAAUCAACAACUUUCUCACAGGCGAUGUAUCAGGAACCCAUGGAAAUCCCAUCCUCCUCUAAUUUCGAAGAACCCUCUAUUUUCCCUGCAAUGUUACCAGUACCAUCACUAUCUGAGAGUCCUACGUUUAAUUUACAGACUAACAAUUCUCCUUUAGAAAUUUAUCUUCCAGCAGAAGAUCUAGAAACAUCUUCAUCAACUAAUGUACUUUCUAAGAAACCAAGGCAACUUUCGGUGACUAUUUCUAGUUCACUGACAUCUCAACCAAGUGAACCAUACAGCCUUUACGUCCAGUCUUGCCCAUCCAAAAUCAUAACCAGAAACCUUAGCCCUUCCACAUCUCGGUUCUGCGCUGUGUGUGGGGACAAUGCAAUUUGCCAACAUUACGGAGUUCGGACUUGCGAGGGAUGCAAGGGAUUUUUCAAGCGUACUGUCCAAAAGGGAGCAAAAUAUGUUUGCCUAGGAAACAAAGAUUGUCCAGUAGACAAGAGACGCCGAAACAGAUGUCAGUUUUGUCGAUUUCAGAAGUGUUUAGCUGUUGGAAUGGUUAAAGAAGUGGUCAGAUCGGACAGCUUGAAGGGACGGCGUGGUCGUUUACCAUCUAAACCCAACAUACAACAGGAGUCACCACCAUCUCCUCCUGUCAGCUUGAUUACGUCACUAGUUCGUGCUCUUGUGGACACAACCCCUGAUGUUGCCAGUCUUGACUACUCUCAGUUUAGGGAAGUGUUAGCUGGUGAAAACCCACUUACAGAAGCUGAACAAGUACAGCAGUUUUUUAGUGUGAUGACAUCAUCUUUGGAGAUUACUCGUAUUUUUGCCGAGAAAGUUCCCGGCUUCUUGGAACUAAGCAUUGAAGAUCAACAACUUCUGUUUCAAGCCGCCAGUCUUGAGCUUUUUGUUAUUAGACUGUCAUAUCGGUUGGAUGAACGUAGCCUAACAUUCUGUAACGGCCUGGUUCUUCACAAGGAACAAUGUCGCCGUGCCUUUGGUGACUGGCUAGACGCUAUUGUUGACUUUUCUCGUGCUCUGCACAGUCUUAAUAUAGACAUAUCUACCUUAGCCUGUCUCUGUGCCAUGAUCUUGAUAACGGAGAGACAUGGAUUAAAGGAUUCUCAGAAAGUUGACUUGCUACAAAUGAAGAUUGUUGGCGCCUUGCGUAAGCAUGUGACCUACAGGAGUGAAUUUCAGAAGAAAACGAACUACUUCUCUCGUAUUCUAGCCAAGCUUCCUGACCUUCGUUCAUUAAGUGUUCAAGGUCUUCACAGAUUAUUCCACUUAAAACUAGAAAAUCUCGCGCCUUUACCGCCUUUUAUUGAUAGUUUAUUUGAGUCAAAGGUUCCUUUUUGAAGUUAACGUUUAUAUAUUUCUUUCAGUUUUUGCCCUUUGUAAAAGGAUCUUUAGCUAUUAUUUGGAGCAGGAAUACUAGUAAAAAACACGCCUUAGGAAUAAGUUGAUUUCGUUAAACCGUCUAACAAGUGUUCUGCAAAUAUCAAACUGAAACCCUAAAAGAAAGAUAUAUUUCUGAUCAAAUAAUGUAAAACUAAUCAAACAUAAUGCUUUUAUAAACUUUUCUUACAGUUUUUUACUUGUGCAAGGUUGCAAUAGGUGUACAAUCGGGAAACGUUUCGGUCAUCAAAUUCAAUAUGACAAUUCAGUAGCAAAUGUAUUUACAUUUUUAAUUCA